AUGAACAACAUACUUAAGUUUGCAGUAGCAGAAAAUGUUUGUAUAGAAAUUGUAGACCAGCCCAGUUUGAACUCAGCUGGAGUCGCACUUGUGAGCAACAAUAUAGCAGGUAGUCUGCGUCCACUUUUGAGCAGCAAACUCAAGAAGGAAGCAUUUUACUUUGUUAGUGGUAAACAGAAAGAUACCUUGAAUGAACAUUUUAAAUAUGUAGAUGUCUCCUGUACUACAGAACCAUGUGAUUUGGAUGUAACUUCCAACUCAAAUAGAUCCAGUGUGACAGUUUCAGACGGCUGCAGCAUGAUUGGAUCACCCCUGAAGCUCCAGCAUAUCGCAGAUUUAUCUUCCACAAAAUCCUGUACAUCAACACCUGUUUUUUCUGAACUGAACAAGUUCAAAAGUGCAGCUUCACCUAUACCUCUUUGUGAUGCCAAGAAGGUGCUAGUGAAAUUCAACCAGGGAAAUAUGCAAGGAUCGUCUGCGAACUUGAUGGUCAUUUUUUGUGACGGAAAGGAUAAUAAGAAAACCAUUAUUCUGGGAACACAAGUAGAAAAAGAUAAUGAUGGAAGGAUUGUCAAAACCUUCAGAGUAACUGCAGAUACAGCAAAGCUUGCAGAUCUAGAUCAGGCCUCAGAUACAAGAGGGCAAGGACAUCAGCUAUCUGCGCUUUAUAAAAUUAUGGAUAAAAUAGAUGGCCUGGGAUCGCUUGUGCUGGAAGCUAGAUGGUCAGAUCGGUGCGGUAGAAUAAAACCGAAACUUCAGUCAGCAGAAUUUCUCUUACACAUAGACAUUGUUACAGGUUCUGACCAGAGUCCAGUAUUCAGCCAUUACUGUCAGCUACAAAAGGUCAAGCUUCUUCUGGACGGGCUCAAGUCUAAAGAAAUGUCUGAAGUUUGGUCCCAGAAAACGCAAAAAGCUGCAGCACAGUUGCAAGAGUGGUUGACUAAAAUGAAGGAUGGAGAGACCGCUGGGAGUAUGCUACCUUGUGAAGACAACAGAAGCACAUCCAUUGCUGGCAUGUUGUGUGGGACAGCAAGGCAGUUGAAUUUGGAACCCUCUGUGGAAGCUAAUUUCACAGACAUGAUUUGGUAUUUUGUUAGAAACUGCAUUGACUUGAAUGACUUGGUUCAGUGCUUUAAUGUGACUUUUUGUUAUCUGAGAAAAGGCAAUCUGAAAGUUUUUGUUCAUAAGGACAACGAAACUACAAUAGCUAAACUUGUGAGACAGUCCUACUAUGGAAUGGCGUCAUUUCCGUCACUGAACAGCCAUCUUUCAUUGCGUCUGGCUGUGGAGAUUGGGCUAGAGAAGAUCCGCAGAGAAUACUAUGCCAUUUUUAUCAACAAUAAUCUAUGUACUUCCUGGCAGUGGGAUUCAUUUUUUCAGGCCCUGACUCCAACACAAGAAGAAAGCACGGACAUGGAAGAAGUCAGCCUGCGUUCUUUGGAAUCUCAGUUUUGUAUUUUGAACAAUCUGCACCACUGUUUAGAUAUAGUAUCAGUGGUGGAUUCUUUCACAGAACACCAGGACCUCCGGAGCAUUACCAAGUAUGCCAUGGACUACUGUAAGACGGAAAAGUUAGCCACAUCGAACCUGUCUGUUCCCAUCACCGCUUUACAAGCAUCGCCCAUGAUCAAGAAACAUUCUUUAAGCUCAGUAAAAAGAGAAAGUGUCGAUGCUGAGACAGGGGACUGUACUGUUAUAUCUCUGAUGAGUGAGUUGCCAGAGGAGUUAGCUUUGCCUUCUGUGGCAUCUUUGGUAGAGAGUGGAAAUGUGUCAUGUCUGGAGGAUUCUAGAGAGUUUUAUAGGUUUACCUGUCAAGAGCAGGCUGUGCACUUGGAUACAGGGAAUCCUGUAUAG